AUGGCCCCGGACGAAGUCAAGGGGGCAAAAUCUGUGGUUGCCCCUAUCAACUAUGACACAAAGGCAACUCUGUCUGGGUCAUCCUCGUUGUCAUCACUAGCUGCGAACGAGCGACACAGCAGGGUCAAAAAUGUAAGCGACUGCGCUUUCGAUACCAGCGAGGAUCCGAGAUACUACAAGCCAAUCCCAUCGUACGAAGGUAUACACCGUUGGGAUCCGGAUUUUGAGUGGACUGAAGAAGACGAGAAAAAAGUUAUAAAAAAGAUCGAUUGGCGUGUCUGCACAUUUGCGUGCGUCACCUUCUUUGCGCUACAGUUAGACCGGGGCAAUAUUGUCCAGGCUCUGUCCGACAAUAUGCUAGAUGACCUUGGCAUGAACACCAAUAAUUAUAACACCGGCCAAACUAUUUUCUACCUUACCUUUCUGUUCGCGGAGCUUCCAUCUCAGUUGAUCUCGAAAAAGCUGGGACCGGACCGGUGGAUCCCAAUCCAAAUGUUCUCUUGGAGUUUGAUUGCAGCUUGUCAGGCGUUUCUCAAGAGCAAGGGUGGAUAUUAUGCUUGUAGGGCGCUUUUGGGUCUCUUUGAAGGUGGAUUUAUUCCGGAUACAAUUCUCUUCCUUUCCUUCUGGUACAAGUCCAGGGAAUUACCCAUACGGCUAAGUUAUUUUUGGGUUUCCUACCAGGGAACAGCCAUUGUUGGUGCAUUCCUAGCGUUCGGCUUUCUACACAUCCGUCGGGAUGAUGGAACUGGUGGAUGGCGUUAUCUCUUUGCCUACGAGGGCCUCAUCACUGGUAUCAUUGCAAUUGUGGCAGCUUUCUGGAUGCCCCCCUCUCCAACUCAGACCAAAGGUCGAUUUCGGGGUAAAAAUGGCUGGUUUAACGAACAUGAAGAGAAGAUUAUGGUCAACCGCGUGCUUCGUGACGACCCGAGCAAGGGAGGAAUGCACAAUCGACAGGCUGUGACACCCAAAAUGUUAUGGCAUGCCAUCUGCGACUACGAUAUGUGGCCCAUAUAUCUAAUUGGAUUGGUCUGGAUGAUUCCGAAUAGUCCUGCGACGAACUAUAUCACGCUGCAGCUAAAGUCUCUUGAGUUCAGUACUUUCCAAACUAACCUCCUAACCAUCCCGGCAUACGUACUGUUUAUUAUUAACCUGCUUUUCUGGACCUGGGUAUCAGAACGCUUCAAUCAGCGCUUUACGUUGGGAAUUGUCUCGGAGGUCUGGUGCUUAGUAUUGCUCAUUGCACUUGAAACUCUUCCAAGCGGUACCAGUCCCUGGGCCCUCUGGGCAAUUAACGCUCUGUUGAUUGGCGCGCCAUAUGUGCAUGCUAUUAUCGUAGCCAUGACUUCUCGAAAUGCAGGCUCGGUCCGCACCAGAACUGUUGCCAGCGCUUUAUACAACAUGAUGGUCCAGGCUUCCAAUAUUAUUUCCAAUAAUAUCUACCGCGAAGAAGACAAGCCCUACUAUCGCACCGGGAACAAGGUUCUUAUCGCUUUGACCGCGCUCAGCAUAGUUCUAUUUUUUUUGGCGAAAUACUACUACAUCUGGCGCAAUAAACAAAAAGCUGCAGAGUGGGACGUUAUGUCCAGUGAGCAGAGAGAAGAGUACCUGGCAGCGAACCAGGACAAGGGAAAUAAACGACUCGACUUUCGGUUUAUUUAUUAG